AUGGAGUAUAUUGUUGGCCUGCUUUGUCGCUCAGGCUCUGCCAAUCCAUUAUUUUCUACUGAAGAUGCCAUCGAAGCAAACAGGUUUAUGAAAGGAAUUGAAGCUGUGGCUGGAGACUCAAGAGGUGUAAUUGGCAUGGCAAAUUUCAUAGCACAACAAAUAGAAGCUCUAGGUGCAGAAGUGUGUUACCAUAAGUUUCUCCCUCAUAGCAAGAAUUUUCAUCCUCUGAAGUUCUUCACCUCCAUGACAAAUGAUAUUGCUGUUCAACCUAAUGGCACCGCCACCAAUUUUGGGAUAAACACUAUCGGCAUUGUACGAGCUCCUCGUGGCGAUGGAAAAGAAGCAAUAGUGCUGGUUACUCCUUAUAAUUCUCAAAGAGUUCAGUCGAAUGAACUAUUAUCGCUGGCUCUUGGUUUCUCUGUCUUCUCCCUCUUAAGUCAAGCAGCAUGGCUGUCCAAGGAUGUUGUGUGGUUAUCUGCAGACUCACAGUUUGGAGAGUAUGCUGCAGUCUCUGCAUGGUUAAACCAGUAUCAUAAUCCUGUGUUUUUGAGUCACUCAGUGGUAUUGCAUACCAAGAUGUAUGGUGCAAACCAUAUAUAUGAUGGUAAUUCAGAAAAAACAGAAGUCACGGCUUUCAAACGUGCUGGAACAAUGGCUGCUGCUCUCAUAUUUAAAGUUGGGGAAACCAGAAGAUAUAGUGACAGGGAUAGUGUUAUGAUUUAUGCAGAAGCAUCUAAUGGACAAAUGCCAAACUUGGACCUUCUGAAUGUGGUGCAUUAUUUGGCUGUUCACAGACAAGGUUUCCGUGUGAACAUCGCUGCAUUUAGUUCAUUGUUGAGCUCUGCAUGGCUUAGGGUUAUUGCUGAAAUUUUACAUACUCUUGGGAGUGUGUUAAGAAAAAUAAAUCCUGACUGGAAGCUUGAUAUUGCAGUCCCUGACUAUGUGGAAGGGACUGCAAACCUAGCUAACUCUAUGUACAACCAGGCUCUUGGAGUGCCCACAGGGUCCCAUGGUGCUUUCCGUGAUUAUCAAGUUGACGCGGUUUCUUUAGAAUUUUCACCAACAUUUCAUGUCAAAAAUGAGAAUGCUAAAUCUUUGUUUCUUCUAAGGGGUGGAAGGUUAAUUGAAGGAGUGUCACGUUCUGUGAACAAUCUGCUUGAGAAGUUCCAUCAGUCCUUUUUCCUGUACUUCCUUACAGCUCCAAGCAAGUUCAUUUCGGUUGGUGUGUAUAUGAUUCCGUUUGCAUUGCUGUUGGCACCUCUCCCAAUAGUUGCUGCUGCCCUUGCUGAUGGCAGUAGAAGCAUGGAAAAAACAGUAGAUAAAUUGAUAGACAACGGUAAAGCAGAUGACAUUGCUGAUAUUCUGCAAAGCAAGGGUGGAUCAUGGAAAUGGCUUCGAGCUGCAAAAGUAUUGCUUGUUAUCCAAUUAUGGGCAGUACUUGUUUCACUACUUCCAUAUUACAUUACUCAGAUACCUGAUGCCACACCUAUGCAAAGCGCACUCAUUUGGGCUGUGCUCUCCAUCGUUGUACUGAUCUCCCUGUCUGUCUUGUUUGGCUCACCAUACUCAGCUGGUGUUGAAUGGAAACUUCUGAAAGCUACCAUGAUCACUUCCAUCUCCAUCGGGUUGGGGCUCAUGUCAAUAAUAAAUUUUGCCACUGCUCAGCUUGGUGCUCUGAUAGUAAUCCCAAUGUGUUUGUUUUCUCGGCCUCUGAAGGCAUCAGGGAUGAAUUUCCUUCCUCGGGCAGUUUUGUUGGCUUCAAAUAUAGCUUUUGCUGUGUUGGGUUUUCCUCCAGCUGCGUUGCUGAUUAUGAAAGGAGUGUCCAAGGGGUCGUGGUCGUGGACAAUAGAUGUUGGAGAUUUCUGGGUAUGGAUGGAGUUCCUGUGGGAAUGGAGCAGCGCAACGUAUCUGUACCUAUUUCUUGUCCAUCUUCCCUGCUGGCUUUUGUGCAUCCUUGUGUUGCUGCACCCAUGUCGCCAAUCAGAAUCUAAGAUGAAGCAGGAAUAA